AUGUUCCUAAGACGUUUAGCCCAACCACUUUGCAAAUUUACAGUUCUUCCCCCACUUCGGACCGCUGUGAACCACAGUGUAGUGAGAAACUUCCAUAGCACGCGAUGUGCCCUUCAAGAGAUCCCAGAAGCUUCUAAACAAAUUGAUCUUAAACCACUAAAGCUGUCUAAUGAGCUUUACGCAGUUUUCAAGAUACACAACCGCCCUUACCUGGUGACAGAGGGAGAUAAAGUGAUUUUACCGUUUAAAGUUAAAGAGGCAGACGUUGGAGACGUUUUGAGUCUAACUGACGUUGUAACUAUUGGAUCACGUAACUAUAGGCUCGUGGACUACCCAAUUGACAGUUCGUUGUAUACAUUAAAGGCUACAGUGCUGGAAAAGACUAAGAGAGCUUUUGAAGUUAGAGAAGUUACCAAGAGAAGAAACAGACGAGUGCGCCACGCAAAGAGUAAGGGCGAUCUGACAGUCAUAAGGAUUGCAGAAUUGAAAUUAAACUGA